AAAUCACAAGUGAAAGCAACGGCAACGCGUCUCCAGAAGAUGGCGCAAGGCAGCAAAAGCCGAGCGUAUGUGAAAGACACCAAAAGCAGGAAGGAGUGUUAAGGAAAUAAGCUAAUGAGCUACCUGAGUGUUUUCUCUCUACAGAGAUGUCUGACACUCACACGUUUUAUUCUCUCAAUAUUCAUUUAUUACAAGAGCCCACGCUGCAAAAAGUCUGCGAGCUGCUAGACCAGACCAGCGACCGAGGAUGGAGGAAGCUUGCCCUGGCCAUUUCCAAAAGCAGUCGCUUCAAAUUAAGUUCUACGGAGCUUCACCAGUGUUCCCUGAAAGUCAUGGAGCCAGAAGGAAGCCCUGCUCGCACUCUGCUAAGACUAAUAGGAGACCAAGGAUGUACAACGAAGGAACUGACAGAUCUUCUACAAAGUAUUGGCCAGUCUAAUGCCGUUCAGCUCCUGAAACCUCCAGGGAUAAGAGUGAUGGUCCAACCGGAGUCAGUGGCUGUCCAGUCUGGACAAAUGGUCAAGCUUUCCUGUGUAGCAACCGGUCAUCCCAUAGUUAAUUACCAGUGGUUCAAAAUGGACAAAGAGGUACCAUAUGGGAACUCAUCAGAGCUGGUAUUUAACCCUGUGGAUGUGAAUGAUGCUGGCUUAUACAUCUGCAGAGUAAACAACAGUCACUCUUUUCAUUACAGUAACUGGGCACAGCUGGAUGUUAUUGAAAGCAAUCUGGCCUGUCACGGGCUAUUCGAUGACAAACUACAAAUCAGCAACCAACCUCAACCCCAAAAACUUCUUGUGGGGAGCAGACUGCUAUUGGAGUGUGGUGCAGUGGGAAAACCGCUUCCCCAUUACCAGUGGUUCCGAAAUGGUGUCGCCGUGAUAGGUGCCACAAAUAGAGCUUUCGCGAUUCCCAACGUUUCAGUGGAAGAUAAAGGCAUGUACUUCUGCCGUGUGUCUAAUGGCAGCGACACUGAAGACAGUAGGGAGGUGGAGGUUAUUAUCGGACAUGGGAGUCAGAGGACAAAUACGGCAGUGGAGUGCACAGAAGAUGAGUUGAGUGAUUUAAUUGAUAAUGUACGCACAGAUGAGCCCAUUUUUGCUACAGACAAGGUCGCCUUAUUAAUCGGGAACAUGUCCUACAAAAACCACUCGCAACUUAAAGCUCCGAUGGUCGAUGUGUAUGAACUCACAAACUUACUGCGACAACUUGACUUCAAGGUUGUGUCUCUUCUCGACCUUACUGAAGUUGAAAUGAAGAAUACGGUGGAUGAAUUUUUGCUUUUACUGGACAAAGGAGUUUAUGGAUUGUUGUACUACGCGGGUCACGGGUACGAAAAUUUUGGAAACAGUUUCAUGGUACCGAUUGAUGCUCCAAAACCGUACAAGUCCUCCAACUGUUUGUGUGUGCGAGACAUACUAAAGCGAAUGCAAGAAAAAGAGACUGGGCUCAAUGUAUUCCUACUCGAUAUGUGCCGGAAGAGGAACCAGUAUGACAACACUAUCCUAAUUCCUGACAACCUGAGGGUGACGGCGAACAUUGUCUUUGGCUAUGCCACGUGCCAAGGGGCAGAGGCAUUCGAAAUCCAGCAUUCCAAUCUUGCAAAUGGCAUUUUCAUGAAGUUUUUGAAAAAGCGUUUAUUGGAAGAUAAGAAAAUCACAGUCCUCCUGGAUCAGGUUGCAGAAGACAUGGGACAUUGCAUGCUCACCAAAGGAGUGCAAGCUCUUGAGAUCUGCAGCAGCUUAUCGGCUAGGAGGGCAUUAACGGAUCGAAUACAGCAGAAGGCCUGCUCACCCGAGUCUUUGGCACGAAACCUGCAGUGGGAAAAAGCAAAUGAACUCCCAGAAAGUAUCUGCAUUGAAUUUGACUGCGGUGUGAAAAUCAAACUCGGAUUUGCUGCUGAGUUCUCCAAUGUCAUGAUCAUUUACACUCGAAUCGUCAGCAAACCCUCCAACAUCAUUGACUGUACAGCAAACAUCACAGAUUUUCCACUGGAUUUAUAUGUGGACCCAAAAGAAACAAAUAAGGGCACACCGGAGGAGACUGGCAGCUUCUUGGUGUCCAAAGAGCUUCCUAAACAUUGCUUAUAUACUCGCCUGAGCUCAUUACAAACACUAAAGGAAAACCUGACCUUCACGGUAUGUCUCAUCUACAUGUAUGAAGGAGUUGAGGAUAUGGUGGAAGAAAGGAAGAAAAUUGAUGUUGGAAAGCCACUUGUAGCAAAAUUAGACAUUCAUGCUGGGUUUCGGUCCCCCUGCGCACAGUCCAGUCAUCUACCUCACAGUCCUUGCCACAAUCCGGAUUAUGCCUCUGCAGGUCAGGACUCCUCUCGUGUUUUUUCAAACCCCCGUUUUCCGCAGUCACCCCAUAACGUGUACCACUCCCACUUAAGGCGUAGCAUACCGCCAGAAAGCUACCAUCAAGACCUCUACUCAGCGUUUCCUUCUAGCAAUAGAAGAUACUUCUCAGAAAAUAAAUCUCUGUGCAGCAAUGUAACGAUAACAACACAAAGGAACAUUCCAGAGGAGAGCACGGAGGAGAACUUUGGUUAUCAAUAUAAACAGUGAAAACGCCUACUUAAAUUAUGUAUUUUAUUUUUGUACUUAAAUUUGUCAUGUCAGUA